CAGGGAUGGUAUCUAGAGGCAUUCAGGAUGGUCCAGCAUUUGACAUGCCGUCAUAAGCUGUUCCAUGAUACAGCCUCUAACAAAACCAGGCUGUCCCCAACCCCUGGUAACAGAAUUGUUUACCUUUAUACCAAGAAGGUUGGGAAGGCACCAAAAUUCGCAUGUGGCAUGUGCCCAGGCCGACUUCGAGGAGUUCGUGCUGUGAGACCUAAAGUUCUUAUGAGGUUGUCUAAAACAAAAAAACAUGUCAGCCAGGCCUAUGGUGGUUCCAUGUGCGCUAAAUGUGUCCGUGACAGGAUCAAGCGCGCUUUCCUCAUCGAGGAGCAGAAAAUCAUUGUGAAAGUGUUGAAAGCACAAGCAUGGAGUCAGAAAGCUAAAUUUAAAAACUGA